UAACGCAUCCACUGUAGCAAGUGCACUGAUGCACAAUAGUCCUUGAGGAAAAGUGCAGCCUCCGCUUGGAGAACUUUACAGCCCAGCGACUCCUCCGAGCUCAGUUUUUUUUUGGUUGUAUUUUAGGAGCAUAAGUCGUAUUACAGGCGAGAAACAGCUCAUAUAUCUGUUUUAGCAACCGGCGUAAAGCAGUUGGUCAUUUCAGGUCAGCUGCGCCGUAGCUCGCCGCCGCCGAAAGCUCUUUUUUUUCCAGAGGGAAAUUUAUGGAAUCCGCGUUACUUUAGCGCGAAGCUACUAGAAGUCCGAGUGGAGCGGAGCGGAGUCGCGUCGCGUCGCGUCGCUCUGGGCAGCCGCAGCUCGUGAGCUGCUUGAGAACGAGCUUAAGAUCAUCAUCAUGUGUGUCGACAUGAUGUUUUCUGGGAAAAAGCCACAGACCUUUGGACUCGUGAAGUAGUUUGGCCGCUACUAACUAACCAGCAGCAGCAGCAGCACAAAAGUAGCAGGUCGCCGCCGGUUCGUUUCGGAACCCACACACAGACUGGAGCAGCAGUAUGAACGACGACGAGGCGGUGGGGGAGGCAAAAAAAGCAUCUUAUACUAAAGAUCCGUCCAGCAGCGAUGUUCCACAUUUCUUUCAGUCAUCUCAAACUGUGGCGGAAGAGAAGCCAGAUGCCUCAGUGGAGAAAAAAUACGAUAAAUUCCAUUCCUUUCAGGAUCAGCAGAAAAUAAAUUUCACAAAGGGCACUCAUUCUGAAGAAAUAGUAGAAGGAAAUGUGAGCUCUGCACGCUCCUCCAGAAUCAUGCAUCUCCUUUCUACACCAUCCAAACAUGUGAGCACCAGCUCCCAGAAGCCUCCACUCAGGAGUUCCUCUGCAUGGUCCAACCUCUCCAGCCUGCGGGUCAUGGGCUCCUUCAGGAAGCUGCGCUCCUCUGUCCUCCAAGGUAUCCAGAGCCGGGCGGAUGCCGUGGAGCCAAGUCCAAGCCGAGGAAAUGACACGUCGCCCCAUCGGGGUGAGGUGGAAGUGAUAAAGUCCAAUCGGAGCGAAGAGAUCAUAAUGCUGCCUAGUAGGAGCCAGGAGGACGAUGUAGUAGAUAAUCAGCGGCAAGGGUUCAUAUCAGAUCGGAACGGCAGCGAUGAGAGCCGAGUGCUGUCGAAUGGGAUGUCGGCCGGUGAGCGGCUAGCGUGGAAUACUGCUGAGGUACGUGGUACGGAGGGAGAGUCGGACGACGAGGCCGCCUUGUGCAGAAACGCUCGCUUCUCUCGUAGUCUUCGCAAAGCCUACGGACCGGGACGCAUCGCGCUCGCGAACACGGGACAACGUUCGCAGCACGAUGCCGUGCUGCUGCGAGACGUAGACGCGGCCGCGCUCUGCCGGGAGCCGCCGGAGAGGGCCGGCGGCGGAAAGGCGUUCGGUAGGCUGAGCAGAAGCACGGACAGCCUCUUCAAAAGCCCAUUCAAGCGUAAGGCGCCGUGCCCCCGACCGGAGGUUCCGCCGAACGGCGACAUCCGGCGAGCCGCUAGCGCCUCGUCGGUGGAGAUCCGGGAAAACGGCCUCAGCCACUGGAAGAGCCACGUGCGGAAGCUGGUGAGCAGCAUGACUGAACUGUCUGCCCGUAAGAGGUGGAGCCCGUCUGCCCAGCCCGCGGCGUCUGCUGUCAGCAAGCUGCACGACGCCUACACUCGAAGAGCCCCUUGCUUACCUGAGAAUGAACGCCGGCGCCGUCCUUCACCUGCUCGCGGUGCGGACGUGCUCGCUCACCCUCUGGGAGACGGGGGCCACGGGUCACCUGCCGCGCAAGGCGCCGGCUCCCCUCGUAUUCCCCCGGUCUUUGUGACCGGUUGCGCUCAGCGCGUCACCUGUCUGGCUGAGACUUCUGAUCUUCAUCGAUCUCAUAGCGAAAGGCAGCUGACCACGGGAGAUGGAAGGCCGUUGUCUGACGCCGAGGAACCCGCGUCGCCCUGCCCUGGCCUUGAGGAGGAUCAGCGUUUGUCCCAGGACGGCAUGGAAACGUUUCUACCCGAAGGCGAAGAGAUGGUUACGCACCCAGCACGCACUCCUGCCUCAAUUCUGCCUUCACAUUCGUCAGACCGGUCCGUAUCGGGCGCUUCUGGAAUUCCGGAUCCGGACUCGUCUGCAAAGGACACCACAGCAUCAGAUGCAGAAACGUCAUCUGCAAGCGUGGCCAGGCGCAAGGCGAGCAGACCGAAGCCUCGGCCCUUCUCCGACUACGGUCAGCUAUUCGGUAGAAAACGGUGUUCCCCCUCGCAAGACGGGAUGGGAUCUCCUGGUCAAGACAUGGGCAGCUCCUUGCAGGGGGACUGUGUUAGCAAGGAAGAUUGUGUCAACUCGAGUCAAGAAAGUUGCGGGAGUGAUGGAAGCGAUGGGAUCUCUAUCCAAGAGUCCAACAGCAAAAAUGGACCACGCUGCUGUAAAAGCGAAGACCACUGGAGGAGGCGUCCCAUCUCGGUAAUCGGAGGAGUUGACCUUUAUUCUCCGCCAGCCGCGAAAGGGACAGAAGAUGUCCUGCCCUCACCACACCCCCGUCCUCCCAUGCCCCUCCACCCGGUGUCCCCCUACAGAGAGGUUUCGGCUCGACUGUACCCCGGCCCGCUCUCGCUGAGCACCCCAACUGGACUGGAUAGCUUGGGCCGCCGGCAGGUCCACAGGGUCCUGAGCACUGGAGCUGCAGAGUGCUCGGGCACCUUGGAGGAGGCUGGGAACGAGGAGGACCUCAGCUUUGAUGAGCUUCCAGAUCCCAACCUAUCCCUACAGCCUGGAGUAGAGCUUUCCACACUGGAUGAGUGGAUACGUUCAGGACAUGCUGUAUAUGCAGAGGCUUUAUGGGACCAUGUGACAAUGGAAGAGGAGGAACUUGCCUUCAAAGCAGGGGAUGUCAUCCGUGUCUUAGAAGCUUCUGAUAGAGACUGGUGGUGGGGUGUGGUUGCUGACCAGGAGGGGUGGUUUCCUUCAAGUUUUGUGAGGGUACGAGUGAACCAGGACUUGCAAAUAGACAGUGUGACAAACAAGCAUGUUCUAGGGAACGUGCUCUCCAGUGACACAUGUCACAGGUCUGAACUCAAGGACCAGAUGAGGGCCAAUGUGGUGAAGGAGAUCAUGAGCACAGAGCGCAUCUACAUGAAACACUUGAAGGAUAUUUGUGAGGGCUACAUCAGGCAGUGUCGCAAGCAUACUGCCAUGUUCACCCCACAGCAGCUGAACACGAUCUUCAGCAACAUUGAAGACAUUUACAAGUUCCAUCGCAAGUUCUUAAAGGACCUCGAGAAAAAGUACAACAAAAGUGAACCUCACCUAAGCGAGAUAGGAUCCUGUUUUCUCUUACAGGGUGAGGGGUUCUCGAUUUACUCGGAAUACUGCAAUAACCACCCCCGGGCCACUGCCGAGCUGCACCGCCUCAUGAAGCUGGGUCGCUAUCGGCACUUCUUCGAAGCUUGUCGCCUGCUGCAGCAGAUGAUUGACAUCUCGCUCGCUGGGUUUCUGCUCACACCUGUGCAGAAGAUCUGCAAGUAUCCUCUGCAGCUUGGAGAGCUACUGAAGUAUACCCCUGAGGAGCACAGGGAUUUUAAGAGUGUUAGUGAUGCGCUCGAUGCCAUGAAGAAGGUGGCUCGUCUCAUCAACGAGAGAAAAAGGCGGCUGGAGAGCAUUGACACCAUCGCUCAUUGGCAGGUCACCAUCCUGCACUGGGAGGGAGAGGAUGUAUUAGGCCGGAGCUCGGAGCUCAUUCAUUCCGGGGAGCUCAACUGCGUGCUCCGCCCCGGAAAGACCCAACAGCGCACGGCCUUCCUGUUCGACCAUCAGCUGGUCUUCUGUAAGAAGGAUCUGCUCCGACGGGACCUACUGCACUACCGUGGCCGGCUGGACAUGGACCACAUGGAGCUUCGGGACCUCCUGGAUGGCCGAGACUCUGAUCUCGGAGCCUGCCUGAAGCAUGCCUUCAAACUGCAGGAUAGCGCCACGGGAGAGGCGUGUAUCCUCAGCUGCAGGAAACCAGAGGAGAAGCAGCGGUGGCUGGAAGCCUUGAGGGAAGAGCGCCAGCGUGUGAUAGAGGACCAGGAAAUAGGAAUGGAAAUAAGUGAACACCAGAGGAAACAAGCUAUUCUCAAUGCAAGGAAAUCGAAACGAGGGAAUAUCAAGAGUACAGUCUGUGUUGGUUGCGCCGUGCCUCUUGCGCAUCAGCCCCUGCAUCCUCUUCAUCAGCGUCACGUCACUGUGCCGACUAGCCUCCCCCAGCAACGGGUCUUCUCACUGGCGGAACCCAGGCGCAAGCCCUUUUACCUGUGGCACAGCCUUGCCCAUUACGCCCGCCUAAGGAAGUGAGCCCACCCGCCAUGGCUGCCACAGGAAGCGAAUGCACCCACCGUUUCCGCCGCAGGAAGCGAACGCUCCGCUCCAUCAACUGUACAAGAUAGUAUUUGACUGUUUCACUGGAGGUUCUGCCUGCAUUGGACCCUGGUGCCAAAGUGGUUCUCCACAUAUAUUCCUACAGGGUUUACAGAACUGUACUAUAAAAAUGUUGAUCUUUACAUGCCAGCGCAUGUGUAUGUUUGUGUUUAUUUUUCAGUUGAAGGCUGGAUCCUUGACUAGAUCUUUCUAUUGUAUGUAGUUUCUUUGCGUGUCACAGCUUCAUUCACUCAUUCACACCACAAAAAGGCGUUAACUUUGUCAAAAGAUGCUUCUUGUUUGUUCCACAGCAGUUGUACAGGAUUAGGGUUGCAGUAAGAUUACCUCCCUUCUAUCUGUGUGUGUUUGAGUGGGUGAAUGUUAGUUUUUUUUUAAAAAAAAAAAAAAAAAUCCCAGAGCAACGUGUAGAUUUCAGAGGGUUGGAAAGUGACCUGACACAACAGCAAAAGCUGCAUACAUUUUGCCUAUGUUAUAUACUUGAAGUAAUAAAGUAGGAAUGAGUUCUGAG